GCUAUUCCUUGAUCGUGAUGCAAGCGCACAAAUACCAGCGGGAAAUGAGCAGGAUCGCUCGAGGAGGACCUAACAAGGACGGAGACGUGGCGACCAUUAUAAACCACGUCGGGUCCGUACGCAAGACCCAGAGGUCACUCCGGCUCCACAACAAGCUCAUUAGAAUGUCGAUGGUGGUGGCGGGCGGCUACGUGCUGGGCUGGCUCCCCUACGCUGCCGUGUGCAUGUGGGCCACGUACGGCGAAUACCAGCACAUCCCCAUAGAGAUUCGCGUGGGCGCCUCCCUCAUCUGCAAGUCAGCCACGGCCUACAACCCCUUCAUUUACUAUUUCAUGAGCGAGGGCUUUCGGGCCGACCUGCGCUGGCUGGGUCGACGGGCAGGCUUCUCCACCAAGGCCACCGCUUCAGGGUCCACUUACCAGCCCUCUUUCAGAAGCUCCACCAGAAGUAGCAUCAAGAAGUCGCGAGACCGCACUAGGGAGAACUCGCUGAACCUGAUGACGGCCAGUGGGAAGGACUCCAUCUCCACGUGCAUUACGAACGGGAACUUGGAGACGCCCCCCACCCCCCUCUCGCUACUCAACAGCACCGACGCCGCGGAGGACUACUCCAUGUAUGUCAUGCCGAACCCGAUCCUCAUCUCCAGCGGGCUGCAGGCCAAUUACAACGGACUCCCGCUGUCGACUUCGGACCUGAAGCACAUGAACAGGUGUAGCACAUCUCUGCAAGGCUCGCGGAAAUUGAUUUCGGAGUCGACCCUUUCAUCUGACGACAAGAUUGUCCUCAGCUACGGCUCCAAGGCGAAGCUUACGAAAUGCGAGAACAUUCCUUUGCGCUAUCCCUGUAGGAGGUCGGUUUCCUUCUCAGUGUCCCCGACCGGGUCUCCCACGAUUACCAGAUCUCCCUCAGAAAAACUCAGUGGCUACGAGCAUCCGUGGAGGACCAGCCGGUCGAGAUCCCUCUAUGGCUUUAGAGAACACAGAAAAUUGAGGAAACAAAGGGAUUUGACUAUCUGUGAGCGUAUGGGACAGACGGACAUUUAACGCUCUCUCCCGUGUCUAGUCACUUCGAUCAUCUUUAAAACUUCGCCAAAGACCUCAAUCUCACUAAUAAGGCGGGAUCACUGCGCUAUUAAUUCACGUAAACUUCUCGACGGUUCGUUUCAUGUUCUUUUAAAAGUUA